UUGUUUCACUGCCUGCAAGCUCCAGGGCUAGAGGCUCAAAAUAAGUCAAUGGGAGGAGGAUUUCAGUCACAGCAACAAGCGCUGAACAGAUGCAACGACAACACACUUGGGAAAAUCACAAGCAAAUGAGAGGGGCAUCUCUCUGGCAAUCAAGUUCAAAUAUAACUCUACAACUGCAGCAAAAAUACAAAAAAAAAAUGAAAGAAACCAAUACUGUAUUUUCUCUCAGCUACUGGUAUCUUUCACUGAGCCUUCUAAAAUCUAAGCUCUAGGAAAUACUAAAAAUUUGAGGUCUUAAUUACAAGCAUGGACAGAUGUGUGUAUACUCUCAUCUUAACAGAACUUCAACUUGUUUUUAAAAGGAAGGAGUCAACUUUGGCAUGGAUCGUUUGGCAUAGGUAUGACACCUUAAAGUAGUUGACCAGCUUAGCUACUGACCAUGCUGACUAGUGUCCAAAUGGAUUGAAUCAGAGAAAAAUGGUGAAUGGCUCUCUCUUAUAGAAUGUCUGAACAAAGCAGAAUUCCUGAGCAUGUUCUGCAGAGUUUACUGGAUCACUUAAUCUCUUCUAACCAGUCUGGAUUACAGACAGAAUCAAUACCAGAGGAAAUGAAACAGAUUGUUGAAGAACAAGGAAAUAAACUGCGCUGGGCAGCUCUUCUGAUACUAGUGGUGAUAAUCCCCACAAUUGGUGGAAACAUCCUUGUUAUUCUGGCUGUUUCACUGGAGAAGAAGCUACAGUAUGCUACCAAUUACUUUCUAAUGUCCUUGGCGGUGGCUGACUUGCUGGUUGGAUUAUUUGUGAUGCCAAUUGCCCUCUUGACAAUAAUGUUUGAGGCUAUGUGGCCCCUCCCACUAGUUCUGUGUCCUGCCUGGUUAUUUCUUGACGUUCUCUUUUCAACUGCAUCCAUCAUGCAUCUCUGUGCCAUUUCAGUGGAUCGUUACAUAGCCAUCAAAAAGCCAAUCCAGGCCAAUCAAUAUAACUCCAGAGCUACCGCGUUUAUCAAGAUUACAGUGGUGUGGUUAAUUUCAAUAGGCAUUGCCAUUCCAGUACCCAUUAAAGGCAUAGACACUGAUUUGCAUAACCCAAACAAUAUUACCUGUGAGCUGACUAAGGAACGAUUUGGCAAUUUCAUGCUCUUUGGCUCAAUGGCUGCCUUCUUCACACCUCUUGGGAUCAUGAUUGUCACCUACUUUCUUACUAUCCAAGCGUUACAGAGGAAAGCUUAUUGGGUCAAAAACAAGCCACCUCAACGCCUAACAUGGCUGACUGUGUCCACAGUUUUCCAAAGGGAUGAAACACCUUGCUCAUCACCUGAAAAGGUGGCAAUGUUGUAUGGUUCUCGUCAGGACAAGACUGUGCCCAACUCAAGUGAAGAAACACUUAUGCGACGAAUGUCUACAGUUGGAAAAAAGUCAGCACAAACAAUUUCCAAUGAACAAAGAGCUUCGAAGGUCCUUGGAAUUGUGUUUUUCCUUUUUUUGCUCAUGUGGUGUCCCUUUUUUAUUACAAAUAUUACUUUAGCUUUGUGUGAUUCCUGUAACCAAACUACUCUUAAAAUGCUCCUGGAGAUAUUUGUAUGGAUCGGCUACAUUUCUUCAGGGGUAAAUCCUCUUGUCUACACCCUCUUCAAUAAGACAUUUCGGGAUGCAUUUGGCCGAUACAUCACCUGUAAUUACAGGGCUACAAAGUCUAUAAAAACUCUGCGAAAAUGCUCUGGUAAGCUCUACUUCCAGAAUGCAAUGGCAGAGAACUCUAAAUUUUUCAYGAAACAUGGAAUUCGAAAUGGGAUUAGUCCUGCCAUGUACCAGAGCCCAGUGAGGCUCCGAAGUUCCACCAUUCAGUCUUCAUCAAUCAUUCUACUGGAUACACUCCUCCUCACKGAAAAUGAAGGUGACAAAACUGAAGAGCAAGUCAGUUAUGUAUAGCAGAACUGACAGAGUUUUCACCUGACAUAAUGACAAGCAAGGUGAUGAACAAGAUGUAAGUUCACCAAGAAUUAGAUAACGAAGAAUUUUAUGUCAUAUAUUAAAUCAAUUCUUUGAACUAAGAAUUAAGUAUUAAGAUUAUCUAAUUUUCCUUAUUUGGGCAAAAUUAUUCCAUUAAAAAAUAAUCCUGUAUAGCUACAAAUGAAAAUAAUCCAGCACUCUGGUUAAAUGUGGUUUUCAAAGGAAAUAAAAUUAAAUAAGUCAAUAAAGUUCAGGCUUUAAAAAAAG